AUGCAGUGGCACCCUCAUCUGACCAGCGCCAAGAGAACAAUGCCUCGAAACAGGUAGUCAAAAACAAAGAUUUCAACCUUCCUUUAGCAGAUAAGAUAUCUGUGUCAAAUUGUGAUAUCUAAAAUAUGAGAAAUAGAAAACGGUGAACCGUGAUUGAUGUUGUUAUGUGUUGCUUUGGAGGUCCUCAGAGACAGGCCUGUGGUGCAGGCUCUAUGGCACGUAGCCCUGGGGAGACCUGAGGCUCUCUGCUAGGCUCUGAUUGGCUCAGAAAGAGAAGGUACUGUAUACAAGUCAAAUACUAAUACAUUUAGGAUGGUACAAUAUGUGGUCCUGUGUGGCUCAGCUGGUAGAGCAUAGUGCUUGCAAUGCCAGGGUUGUGGGUUUGAUUCCACAGGGGGAAAAUGUAUGCCAUCACUAUUGAAAGUCGCUCUGGAUAAGAGCACCUGCUAAAUGACAAAAAUGUAAAUUAAUGUUUUCCCAAUAAAUACUGUACAAGUUCACAUGAGGGGACGCUCCAGCAAGACUCAAUCUCAGAGGAGAUGUACACUACAGGACCAAAAGUAUGUGGACACCUGCUCGUCAAACAUCUCAUUCCUAAGUCAUGGGCAUUAAUAUGGAGUUGGUCCCCCUUUGCUGCUAUAACAGCCUCCACUCUUCUGGGAAGGCUUUCCACUAGAUGCUGUAACAUUGCUGUGGGGACUUGCUUCCAUUCAGCCACAAGAACGUUAGUGAGGUCGAGCAUUGAUGUUGGGCGAUUAGGCCUGGCUCGCAGUUGGCUUUCCAAUUCAUCCCAAAGGUGUUCGAUGGGGUUGAUUUCAGGGCUCUGUGCAGGCCAGUCAAGUUCUUCCCCACCGAUUUCGACAAACCAGUUCUGUAUGGACCUCGCUUUGUGCACGGGGGCAUUGUCAUGCUGAAACAGGAAAUGACCUUCCCCAAAUUGUUGCCACAAAGUUGGAAGCACAGAAUCGUCUAGAAUGUAAUUCUAUGCUAUAGCGUUAAGAUUUCCCUUCACUGGAACUAAGGGGCCUAGCCCGAACAAUGAAAAACAGCCCCAGACCAUUACUCCUCCUCCACCAAACUUUACAGUUGGCACUAUGCAUUGGGGCAGAUAGUGUUCUCCUGGCAUCCACCAAACCCAGAUUCGUCUGUUGGUCUGCCAGAUGGUGAAGCGUGAUUCAUCACUUCAGAGAAUGCGUUUCCACUGCUCCAGAGUCCAAUGGCGACGCGCUUUACACCACUCCAGCCAACGCUUGGCAUUGUGCAUGGUGAUCUUAGACUUGUGUGCGGCUGCUCAGCCAUGGAAACCCAAUUCACGAAGCUCCCGACGAACAGUUGUUGUGCUGACGUUGUUUCCAGAGGCAGUUUGGAACUCAGUAGUGAGUGUUGCAACCGAGGACAGAAGUCCCGUUCUGUGACCUUGAGUGGCCUACCACUUCGCGGCUGAGCCGUUGUUGCUCCUGGAUGUUUCCACUUCACAAUAACAGCACUUACAGUUGACCGGGGCAGCUCUAGCAGGGCAGAAAUUUGACGAACUGACUUGUUAGAAAGGUGGCAUUCUAUGACGGUGCCACGUUGAAAGUCAUUGAACUCUUCAUUAAGGCCAUUCUACUGCCAAUGUUUGUCUAUGGAGAUUUCAUGGCUGUGUGCUCGAUUUUAUACACCUGUCAGCAACGGGUGUGGCUGAAAUAGCCAAAUCCACUAAUUUGAAGGGGUGUCCACAUACUUUUGUAUAUAUAGUGUAUUUCCCUUGCUGUGAGGUAAUAGAAGUCAGAGUUGGUCUAUAGACACUUGAUACUGGAUUUAUUCAGAUCUUCUGUUGUGACCUUGUUCAACGACUGUACCUCCAGAGCAGUGUAAGCUUGGAGAGGAGAUUCUCUGUGGGCUACACAGAGAAUAUCCCAAAACUGGAGGUGAGCGCUCUGCCAAGAAUUGAAUAGAGCUCAAUAUGUGCAAAGAUGACAUACCUUGUCUCUAUGGCAACCAAGCUGACCAGUCAAGGAACAUUAACACUUGGUGAAACGUCCCCCUGUACUCUUAUCACAGCCCUUACCUGCCAGAAAGUGAGGAUGAUGUCUUCAUCAAUAUCAAGUUCAGUGCGAUCCAUCAAGCAUUUGAGGUAAGCAAUCCCCUUAAUGGUCAUUUGUCAGGCAGCUGAACAGAGUGCCGCUCAUCCAUGUCUGUUUUCUGUACCACAGCACAUCCUCAGAGGCCAAACACUUCCUGAAGGAGACAGGAAAGAGCCUGAUAAGAGGGCUGCUAGCUUUAGCAGGAAAGUUAUGUAGCUAGUAGUAUACCCACCUCACCCUCUGUGUGGAGAAUAAAUGCUUUGGUAGGUAUUCAAUACUUGCAUCCAUUAUAUUAGCUGGUGUCAAGAAUAUAAUUUAUGACAUCUACUGUAAGAUCUUGGCAUUUAUCAAGACCUGAAGGUUUUGAAGUUGUAACUCUCCCUGCUUUGUGAAGUGGUGGGUUUAAUAGCCCUGUCUGUCCCUCAGUGGGUUUCGUACAUAAUUCUCUAUGUAUCGCACAUUUGUUCCUGAAUUCCUCUGGAGGUGGGCAAUGGGAAACAGCCUCUUUUUCUCAGAAACUCCACACAGUAAAUAUCAGAUAUGUCCCAAGUUAGAAUUAUGCCAUUAGACGCCUCUGAGUGUUUGUUUGGGUGUUGUGUGUUGAUCUCUGUAGAGCUCGGAGGGUUUUGGUCAGUAUGGGAAAAGCUCAUGGCAUUCACAGAAAAUCCAACAAACUGGCAUCGUUGACGAGUGCCAAGAGGCAGGGGUGAGCUGCUGUCAUAGAGAUUCAUUAUAUCAGUACCAUCCGAGCUCUCAAUUUUAUACAGUACGACCAUAUGCUAUUGUCAAGGUGUUAUAACAUGAAUAGUCACUUUAUAUUCUUCUUUUUAUUUUAAUAUUAGUAUUAAGUGUGCCCCCCACCCUCAUAGAAAUACAUUUGGCCCUAUACAGUAUAUCUAUAGAACAUUGUUCAUCAAAGCACCAUGUGAACCUACAUAAUAUACUAAAGCUACUAGAGCUACCUGUAUUGUUAAUAGGGUCUGGGGAAACCUGAUUUAGACGUAAAGGGAACAGUAACAUUUUCCCUGCAGUAAAUCAUCCAUACCAGAAAGAAUUCCCUCCAUAUUUCCCUGAACAAUGGCUCUGCUCCCUGCCUGCUAUCUCUAGAAGCACAUGGUGGGCUUUUAUUACAUAUUUUACGAGUCCAUUGUCCAGGAGCACAUUCCAGCUAUCUUAAAGCCAACUCUACACACCCCAUGGAUCUCAGAGGGCACCAAGAAAACAGUACCUUUUUUUAUUCUCAUAAUCAAUAACACAUACAUUUUGUAAAUCAUAUGUGUACUCAGCAUGGAUUAUAAUGAGAUUACUACAGAUGAUUAGACAUACUAUCACAAUGGUAAAACAUUGUAUCUUAUGGUAAACAUGUGAAGGUAAAACCUAUAUGUUCUGGUCACGUUCAGCACGUAAUAAGGUGAACCCACCCCCACAGUCACUGUCUGUUUUAAAAUGUCUUCACAAAUUAAGAAGAAGGGAGUGUUUAAUGGUAGGAUGAAAAAAAGGAGGGUGUGGGCAUAGUAAAUUCAAUAGUAUCAAUAUUUCUCCUUUAUCAUACAUGCAUUACCACAUCUUUCCAGAAGAUGUCAGGAUGGUUCUGAGGUAAUGUAUCCAUGUGUCUGUAGAGGCCUGAUGGACUGUACCACCCCCAACUGUAUGAGGUGUUCAACUACACAGACCCAAAGAUCAUGUGGGCAGCCUAUAGACCACAGAGCAAAACCAAAUAAUUAUACAUCCUUCUUAGGGUAUGUGACUUUUUGUUGCCCUUCUCUCAACUGUGAGUGAGUUAGCUUGCUUUCUCCUCAGUUGUUCUGUAUGCUGAAGUAAUUUACUAUUGUAUAGUAUCCUGUCAAUGCCCAUAGAUCCAGUUACAGUAUUUGUCUUUGAUACAGACCUACUUAACCAUGACGUGGCGAUCAAAUACUUUUCCUUUGCCUUCCUUAUGCUGAGAGAUACCAUUCUUUAAAUCUGUAUUUUUAUCCGACAAAAUUUCAGCCUGGACAGAAAGAGGUAUGAAUCUCUGGAGUCACUGGCUGCGAAGGACCUCUCUGAUUGGAAAAGGCUUUUCUGCUUACUGCAGUCCUACCUGGAUGAGAAU